AUGCUGCAUCAAGCACUUCACAGAUUUGGUCAAAAGCUGGCGCACAGACUUACACUGCAACAACCUGGGGCUGAGCCUGCCCCUGCCAGAAGACUGAGCGCUCUGGAUUUAGUGGCCCUGGGUGUGGGCCGCACACUGGGUGCAGGUGUGUGUAUUCUGGCUGGUGAGGUGGCUAGGGAUCAAGCAGGACCAUCGCUUGUGAUCUGCUUGUUGGUGGCGGGCCUAUUUUCUUCACUGGCUGUGCUGUGCUAUGCAGAGUUUAGUGCCUGGCUUCCCCAUUCUGGCUCUGUGUAUCUCUACAGUUAUGUCACUGUAGGUGAACUUGGGGCUUUCAUCACUGGCUGGAUCCUCAUCCUCAACAAUAUUGCUGGAUUAGCCAUUAGGAUCUGGGCCUGGACCUUAGCUUCGGACAACCUUUUUGGAAAGAAGAUCUCUCAGACCUUCCAGGAGACCAUUUCACCACAUGUUCCUGGUGUCUUUGCAGAAAUUCUAGGCUUCUUUGUUAUGUUCCUUGUGUUACUGCUCUUGGAAUUGCUUACUCGGAACGUUAGGCAGCUUUCCCUGAUUACCAAAGUGGUCACAGCGGUGCACCUUUUGGUUCUCAGUUUUGUCAUCAUCUCUGGCUUCAUGAAGGCGGACCUGCACAAAUGGAAGCUUACAGAAGAGGACUACGUACAGGCUGGACUCAAUGACACCCCUGGCUUGGGCCCUCUGGGCUAUGGAGGAUUUGUGCCUUUUGGCUUCCAGGGGAUUCUCCGCGGAACAGCUACCUGUAUAUAUGCUUUUACAGGUCUCAGCAUUAUUAUUACCAGAGUCGAAGUAGCCCAGACUCUCCGGCAUUCCAUUCCCAUGUUCAUUGUGAUUUCACUGCUCAUCUGCAUUUUGGUGUAUUUUGGUGUCUUUUUGGUGCCUUACUACCAACUUCGACCUGGGAGCACCUUGCCUGAGGCAUUUCUCCAUAUUGGCUGGGCCCCUGCCUACUAUGUUGUAACUUUUGCAUUCCUCUGUAGUCUUUCUGUCAGCCUCUUGGGCUUUAUGUUCCCCAUACAUCAACUGAUCUCCAUGAUGGCACAGGAUGCCCUCCUGUUCCCUGUCCUUGCCAGGAUCCAAACCAGCAUAUACACGCCCAUUGUGGUCACUGUGAUCUUUGGCAUUUUUGCAGCAAUCACAGUAUUCUUGUUUGGAUCCGCUGAUCUCCUGGACCUCAUGUCAGUUGGGGCCCUGCUAGCUUACUCUCUGCUGGCUUUUAGUGUUCUCAUCCUCAGGUAUGAGCCUGAGAGGAAGAAUGGGGGAAAUGAAGCAGAGAAUGAGAGAAAUGAGGCACAGGUGCAGGAGGAGAAUGGACCUGCAGCAGAGAAGCUGACUCUACAGGGACUAUUCUUUCCAGGCAGCCCCACCCCCACUCCACUCUCUGGCCGGGUUGUCGUUGUUUGCUCCUCACUGCUUGUUCUGCUGCUGACUCUUCUCUGCCUGGUGCUGGCCCAGUGGCCAGGGCUGCUCUCUGGAGACCCAGUGCCGAUCACAGUGGUUGUGCUGCUCCUAGUGCUCAUCACUGGGGUCAUCUGGAGACAGCCACAGAGCUCCACUCCUCUUCACUUUAAGGUCCCUGCUGUGCCUCUCCUCCCACACCUGAGCAUCUCUGUGAAUGUUUGCCUUAUGAUGCAGAUGACAGCUGCUACCUGGGCCCGAUUUGGUGUCUGGAUGCUGAUUGGGUUUGCUCUCUACUUCGGCUAUGGGAUCCGGCACAGCCUGGUUGCACAAGCCCACUUCAGUUAG